ACAAACACCAUGUCUCUGAGUGGCGCCUUCAGGGCAGUGGGCAAUGACCCAGGAGUGAUCACUUGGAGAAUAGAGAAAAUGGAACUGGUGCUGGUGCCACUGAGCCUUCAUGGCAAUUUCUACGAGGGAGACUGUUAUGUGGUUCUGUCGACCCGGAGAUCUGGAAGUCUCUUGUGCCAGGAUAUCCACUACUGGAUUGGAAAGGACUCUUCCCAAGAUGAGCAGAGCUGUGCUGCCAUCUAUACGACUCAGCUAGAUGACUAUCUGGGUGGCAGCCCAGUGCAGCAUCGAGAGGUUCAGUAUCAUGAAUCAGAGACUUUCCGAGGCUACUUCAAACAGGGAAUCAUCUACAAGAAGGGAGGUGUGGCCUCUGGGAUGAAGCAUGUGGAGACCAACACCUAUGAUGUGAAGCGUUUACUGCAUGUGAAAGGGAAAAGGCACAUAACAGCUACUGAAGUGGAUCUGAGCUGGGACAAUUUUAACCUGGGUGAUGUCUUCCUGCUGGACCUCGGGAGAGUCAUUAUCCAGUGGAAUGGCCCAGAAAGCAACACUGGAGAACGGCUGAAGGCAAUGCUCCUAGCAAAGGAUAUUCGGGACCGAGAACGUGGGGGCCGUGCUGAAAUCGGUGUCAUUGAGGGAGACAAUGAGGCAGCCAGUUCAAACCUGAUGAAGGUUCUUCGGGACACGCUAGGUGAACGCUCCCUGAUCAAGCCUGCAACCUCUGAUGAGCUCUUAGAUCAAGAACAGAAAUCAAACAUCAUGUUAUAUCAUGUCUCUGACUCAAGUGGGCAGCUGGCAGUCACAGAAGUGUCCACAAGGCCCCUUGUCCAAGAUUUACUGAAUCAUGAUGAUUGCUACAUCUUGGACCAUGGUGGAAGCAAAAUCUAUGUCUGGAAAGGAAGAGGAGCCACCAAGAUUGAGAAACAGACUGCUAUGUCUAAAGCUCUGGGCUUCAUUAAGAUGAAGGGUUAUCCAAGCAGCACCAAUGUGGAAACUGUCAAUGAUGGAGCUGAGUCUGCCAUGUUCAAGCAGCUGUUCCAGAAGUGGACAGUAAAGGACCAGACCUCAGGCUUAGGAAAAACCUUCAGCAUGAGUAAAAUUGCCAAAGUCAUUCAGGAUAAGUUUGAUGUGACUCUGCUUCACACAAAGCCAGAUGUAGCAGCCCAAGAAAGGAUGGUUGAUGAUGGGAAUGGAAAUGUUGAGGUCUGGAGAAUUGAAAAUCUGGAACUAGUCCCCAUUGAGCGUCAGUGGUAUGGCUUCUUCUAUGGCGGAGACUGCUACCUGGUUCUCUAUACUUAUGAAGUGAACAACAAGCCAUGUUACAUCCUGUACAUCUGGCAGGGUCGACAUGCUUCCAAGGAUGAGCUGGCAGCUUCAGCUUACCAAGCUGUGGAGCUGGACAGACAGUUUGGGGGUGCUCCGGUGCAAGUGUUGGUCAGCAUGGGGAAAGAACCACGCCACUUUAUGGCCAUCUUCAGAGGAAAGCUUGUCAUUUUUGAGGGUGGAACAUCUAGGAAGGCAAGUGCCGAGCCUGACCCUCCUGUGAGACUCUUCCAGAUCCAAGGGAAUGACAAAUACAAUACCAAAGCUGUGGAGGUGCCAGCAUUUUCCUCUUCCCUGAAUUCCAAUGAUGUGUUUCUGCUGCGGACACAAAAUGAACAUUACCUCUGGUAUGGAAAGGGCUCCAGUGGUGAUGAGCGAGCAAUGGCAAAGGAAUUAGCUGGAGUGCUUUGUGAUGGCACUGAGGACACUGUGGCUGAAGGACAGGAACCAGCAGCAUUUUGGGACUCACUUGGAGGGAAAGUCCCUUAUGCCAAUGACAAAAGACUCCAACAGGAAAUCCUUGAUGUCCAGCCCCGUCUCUUUGAGUGUUCCAAUAAGACUGGUCGGUUCAUUGUCACUGAGAUCACAGAUUUCAUACAGGAUGACCUGAAUCCAAGUGAUGUGAUGCUCCUGGAUACCUGGGACCAGGUAUUCCUAUGGAUUGGUGCUGAAGCUAAUGCCACAGAAAAAGAGGGAGCCUUCACUUCAGCCCAGGAGUACCUACACACUCACCCCAGUGGCCGGGAGACUGACACACCUAUCCUGAUCAUCAAACAGGGUUUUGAACCACCCAUCUUUACAGGCUGGUUCUUGGCUUGGGACCCUCAUAUCUGGAGUGAAGGCAAAUCAUAUGAACAGUUAAAGGAAGAGCUGGGAGACACUGCUGCAAUCGUGAGAAUCACUGCUGACAUGACUGGUGCUUCCCUCUUCCCGAAUGCUGGUGGCAGUGAACAAAAAUACUACCCUAUAGAAGUGCUGCUGAAAAAUCAGCAGCAAGAGCUACCUAAGGAUGUAGACCCUGCCAAAAAGGAGAAUUACCUCUCUGAUGAAGACUUUGUUGCUGUAUUUGGCAUCACGAGAGGAAAAUUUGCUGCUUUGCCUGGCUGGAAACAGCUCAACCUGAAGAAAGAAAAAGGGCUUUUUUAA